UACAAAACCCUAAACUAAACCCAACCGCCUUCUCCUCUCUUGUCUUAAACCCUAAAGCACACACUGAUAACCAUCAGCACCCGGCAGCUGUAACUCUCUCUCCUGUGGCUGUUUCUAUCAAUCAUGACCACGCCACCACCACCACCUGGUGUUAGCCCCAAAGCAGUGGAGAAAGCUGUGAAUGCUCUUCUAAAAUGGAGAUCUUCCACAUUGAAUACCCAAAAGCCUCAAUUACUCGAACAAGACGAGUUUUUCUACCUUAUUCUAACCCUCAAAAAGAUUCCACAAAAGGGUGUUAGCCGCAUCAACGCCCACAAAAUCCCUCUUCCCAACUCCUUGAUCAACCCUUUAAAUGAAGCCCCUGAGAUCUGCUUAAUAAUCGAUGACAGACCCAAGUCAGGCCUCAAUAAAGAUGCUGCCAAGAAGAAGAUUCAAAACGACAACUUACCCAUCUCCAAAAUCAUCAAGGUUUCCAAGCUCAAGACUGAUUACCGUCCCUUUGAGGCCAAGAGGAAACUCUGUGAUUCUUAUGAUAUGUUCUUUGCUGAUAAAAGGGUGGUUCCUCUCUUGCCUAAGAUGUUAGGGAAACAGUUUUUCAAGAAGAAGAAGAUUCCUCUGACUCUGGAUUUGAAGCACCACAAUUGGAAGGAGCAGAUUGACAAGGCCUGUGGCUCUGCCUUGUUGUAUCUGAGAAGUGGGACUUGUAGCGUGGUGAAGGUAGGGAGGGUUUCCAUGAGUAGAGAGGAGAUUGCCAAAAAUGUGAUGGCUGCUAUUAAUGGGAUUGCUGAUAUUGUGCCUAGGAAGUGGGGUGGUGUUAGGUCUUUCCAUUUGAAGUUGCUUGAUAGCUUGGCUUUGCCUGUUUAUCAGGUAGUUCCUGAUUUGAAGUUGAAGAUUGACGGUGGUCCCAAAGAGCAGGAGAAUGACGAGGGUGUCGUCUCUGUGGAGGAAGAUAAGGCUAAAGAGAGGAGAGUUGGAAAAAAGAAGGGAAGGAUACAAGAGGUUAGAUAUAUGGAUAGUAAUAAUAAUAAUAAUGAUAAUAAUGGGGAUGGUCAGGUUGUUGAUGAGGAUGAGUUGGGGAGUGAUGGUGAAGGGGAUAUAGAUAAUGAUGAUGAUGAUUUCGAAAAGGUCAGUGAUGAACUGUUAAAGAAGAGAAAGAAAGGCGAUAAUAAAGGGGAAGGUGAGAAGAAGGAGCAGAAGGUAGCUAAAUUGAAGAAAGAAGAUGUUGUCAAGCAAAAGCAAGUGAAGAAUGAAGAUGGUGUCAAGCAGAAGAAGCUGAAGAAAGGUUCUUUGGCUUCAGAGAGUGGGGGAAUGCAAGUGAGGGGUGAGAAGAAGAAAAGAUUGGCUGCAUAAUGAUUCAAUGUUGCUUCCUGGGAAUCAGUGUGUAUGGUUGCCGCCUGUCGGUCCUUUUAGCAGGUUGUGGUCUGAGAUUUUAAUUAUGGUCUUGAUGCCGUAACUUUUUGUUAGUUUAUUUAUAUUUGCAAAUUUAGCAUAAAAGCUUUAUUUAACUUAAUCAUGUAUCUUGAUUAUGCAGAACAAAGAGAAUGGUAACUUUCUGCUUUAGUAUUCCA